AUGGAGCAACAAGGGCAAACUAUGAUGUCAUUGAGUCAAAUUGAUUUUCAGAAUUCGCUCUAUCUUCAUCCAAGUGAUACUCCUGGUGCAGUGAUUGUUUCUCAACAAUUAACAGGAAUUGAGAAUUAUUCACAUUCGAGCAGAGCAAUGAUUGUCACGCUCACAGGCAAGAACAAGAUUGGCUUCAUCAAUGGAUCUUGUACCAAAUCCAAUCUUGAUUCGUCUUUACACAGUCUUUGGGAAACGAGACAAAUUGUCUCUAGACAAUCCAACAAUGAGGUUACUACUGCAUUAAUUUCCACAAAUAAUGCAAACAAAGGGGGAAAUUACAAGGGCAAGAAGUUAUUGAUAAUCCGUGAGCAUUGCAAUAAUCCAGGUCACAAGAAGAACAAAUGUUGGAACCUUUAUGGAUAUCCAGAAGGACAUAAAUUCUACAAACCCAAAGGACAAUUUGGCACCAAAGGGAACAAGACAACAAAUCCAGCUUCCGCAAACAUUUCAACAUCCAACAACUCUCAAGAGCAAAUGCAGAUACAAGCUCCUGUUUUAACUAUAGAGCAAUACAAUAAUCUUUUCAAGUUACUUGGCAAAGAAAACACUCAACCUUCUGCAAAUCUAGCAGAUGAUAUAUUGUUGACUAGAGAUGACUUGGUAGGCAUUGAACACACAAAGCCUUAUCCUGCUUCAAAAUUCCAUAUUAAAGACCUUGGCACACUAAAGUUUUUCCUUGGACUUGAGAUAGCUCGAUCUGAUCAAGGAAUUUGCAUUGAUCAACACAAAUAUGCAUUGGAAUUUAUAUCCGAAGCUGGCCUAAGCUCAACAAAACCAACUAGCAUACCCAUGGAGCAAAACACAAAGCUAACUAGUUUUGAAUAUGACAACAAUGAUGAGUAGAAAGUUGAUCCUCCCCUUGAAGAUCCUAAUGUGUAUCAAAGGUUAAUAGGUCAUUUGAUCUAUUUAACUAUGACAGGGCCUGAUGUUAGCUAUGUGGUACAACUCCUCGGUCAGCACAUGCACAAACCUAGAAGGUCACAUCUUGAUGUUGCCAUGAAGGUAAUCAGAUACGUAAAGUUGAAUCCUGGCUCUAGUUUAUUGUUUCCCUCUUCCAGUGAAUUGGAGUUACAAGCUUUUUGUGAUAGUGAUUGGCCUUCAUGCUUAAUGAGUAGACGAUCUACGACAUGAUUUUGUGCUUUUUUAGGCAACUCAUUGGUAUCUUGGAAAUCUAAAAAGCAGAAGAUUGUGUCCAAAUCAUCUGCUGAAGCAGAAUAUAGAUCAAUGGCAGUACUUUCUUGUGAGCUUUCAUGGAUCAUUGGUUUAUUCAGAGACUUGGACGUUGAUUCAUUGACCCUAACUAGUAUGUAUUGUGAUAUCAUUGUCAUCAUUCAUAUCUUGGUCAAUCCUGUGUUUCAUGAGCGAACAAAACAAAUCAAGAUCGAUUGUCACAUUACAAGAAAAAAUAUUUUAGAAGGUAUCAUCAAGAUUCAUCAUAUCUCCACGGCUGAGCAGGUUGUUGACUUGAUGACAAAACCACUAGGUCAGAAACAACAUGACUACUUAAUUGGCAGGUUGGGAAUGAUUAAUUUGUAUCAUAUACCAACUUGAGGGGGGGAUAUUAAGUAAUCUGUGUCGGUGUAAACUUAAGGGCAUUUGUGUAUUUUGGCUUAAGGGCAUUUGUCUUUAUCUACAUAUAUAGUUGUAUCUUUGAUUGAGAAAAUAUACAGAACAACAAAAUCAAUUUCGUCUUCUCGGCA